AGAGGGAAAUAGCAUUUCACAAGGAAGAUCCAGGUGGCAAGGAAGAUCCAGGUGGCAAAAAGGUACCCAUAAAUACCCCAGAUCAAAACAUGCAUACUCGGAAGGAAAGUUUCUGACUUCAACAGGAGUAGUCGCAACUCCUGGCAGUGAGGAGCUAUCCUGUAAAAAGAACUGGAUGAACUUGGACUACCUGGACAACACUCGUUUGGAAACAUGAAGAGUGUAGAAAAGCUGCUUUGCAGAAUAUUACUGCUUUUUCUCUGGUUCCAGUCUGGAGUAGGGAGGAACGGACCGGCAUUUACUCCUCCAGGUUUUAUAGAAAGCACCUGUUCCUCCAGUAUAUUUUGGGUGAAGCUGGAUAAGUCCUUUCUUCAGGACAAAUUCUUCACAGUAGAAAUAAUUGAUCCCUCCGGUGUCUCGAUUCUGCUUGACGAGGAGCUAGAAGCUCGCUGUGGCUAUGUCCUGUCAAAUGAUGUGUGGGGUAAUACCAUAUUCCGGGCUUCUUUUCUUGGCUGUCAUGUUAUAAAUGAGAUGGAUGAAAAGUUCUCGCUUACUUUAAACAUCAAAGUGUCAUUAUUCCAAGACCUGAGGGCAGCCACAACCUACCAACACCCCAUGCACUGCUCCUAUUCUUCAUGGGCUCCAAGGGAAAUUCUGUGUGAAGAGAAUUACAUGGAGGUAUCAGUGAAGACCGAUAUCCCUGUGAUUUCGGAUUAUGAGACUGCAGAAUGGAUGUCUGCAUUGCCUGAGGCACGAAAAGUUCUGUAUCAGAUAUGGCAGCUGAUAUUCUAUUCUCCUUCGGGGAGAAAGAAAACAUUGGUGAGUGACGCCGACAAGCUUGGCUACAGUUUCAAUAAUACACUGGCGAGAGUGUUCCUCCGGUCUCCCUACUCCACAAAUGAAACGGAACAAUCAGUGGCUAAUGGGGUCACUAUGAGCACAAUCAGUUCCACUUCCAUGUACAGGCAAAGGUGGCUGCUUCUGUUGAUUGACACCACAGUGUCAUGCCCAGUUGAUGGUACCAGCUUUACGGAUGCUGCCAUAAUAUGGACUGUGCCAAGUAUGAUCCCCCGGUUGGUCCUUCAUGAACCCACCUUUGCAUCCCACAAUAUAUCAAUGGCGGUUGAUGGGCAAAGAAUAGAGAAUCCUGAAAAUUUCGGUUAUACACUGGACCGUAACAACACACACAUUGUAACGACUAUCCCAAUUGGAGCAUCGGGGGGCAGGUUAAAGAGCACUGUAUCCAAUGGUGUCUAUGGGGCAGUAUAUAGCAUUGACUUAUUAUUGGAGCAUAGCUGGACAGAUACAGAUUGGCACUUGACCAAGUACACUGUGAUUAAGCCAAUCACCACACCCUUCAUGCCUAGAAUACCAAGAGUAGUCAAUAACACUGUUCCAGAAACACGGCUCUUUGAUGUAACCUUGGGAGUCUUCCUUCCUGAUGUCAUUCUGGUAGCACUUAAAAUAGGAGAGGAACCUCUAUCCCGUAAGGAAGCACAGCAAAGGGGUUACAAGAUCUCCGACAUUCACUUCCCCAAUGGAACAAUAGGCUUUAAACUGGUAGUACCUUUCGACGAUCCCAACAUCUUAAGAGAGUAUGUGAACAAAAAUGAAACCAAGUAUCACCUUCAUGUGAACUACACUCUGAAUGUGGGGCCUGAGCUGAGGUUGUAUCACCACCCUGCGGACAUAGAAUGCAUAAUUGCAGAUGUUGAACUACCAGAAGGCAUUGGGUACUGUGACAAAGAGAACAUGUAUUUAGCUGUUCCGAUUGCAGGCCUAUACAAAUACUGGAGCCUAUAUGUAGGCAGUAAGCCACUAAGUCAAGCCACUGCCCUCGCAGAUGGGUAUUUUGUUACUGCAAAUGAUACUCAUCUAAUAUUGCAAGUGCCUCUCUUUGCUGUUGGGAUUACUUAUGAGGAAGUGUCAUUUGAGAGAAUUCGAGCCAGGUUUGAUCUUCUUCUGAAGAAAACAAGCACUAUGGAGACUUUGGAUAUCUUCUCUGUUAGCUGCAAUUUUCGCUCUUCGCAAUUCAUAGUGUGCUACCCUAAUGGAACAGUAACCGUAUCUGCUCUCAUGAAGACUGUGCCAUCCAUUGACAUGGGCAAGACUAGGCUUAAGGACAGCACCUGUAAGCCUAAGGAGUUUACAAAGGAACAAGUCUUCUUCCAGUUUCAUGUUUCUACUUGUGGUACUUCACUAAGGUUUGAAGGCGAUCACCUUAUUUAUGAAAAUGAAUUAUUAUUUGAACAAGAGAUUCUUCCAGCACAGGGACCACCAACUAUCACAAGAGAUCCAGCAUACAGGCUUACUAUCUUGUGCUACUACCCAAUCAAAGAGACGCUCAUGCAAAGUGCUGUGAUCUAUGGCUCCUCCUCUUCUUCUAGAACUCUUCCUACUGGCUAUGGCACAAUGAUGACUAGGACAAAUGUGGCAGGUCCUAGAAGAGCAAGGCAAGUUCUACAUAUCAUCUCAAGCAUGUUCAAAGGUAACAUUUUCCUAAAGGGAGAAGGAGCUAUACUAGAACUAAAACUGAAUAUAUCACUUGUUUUAAAAAUGAUUUCCUUCUCUUUAUUGCUCUUGCUGUUGGCAGAUGAAUCUUUCACAGAAACCUAUGGGCAACAUUCCGUAGCUCUCCAAUACUCAAGCGAACCUGUUUAUCUUGAAGUUGAACUAAAAGACGAAGCUCCUGGUGUCGAACUGUUCUUGGAUAACUGCUGGAUGGCUGGGUCUGAAGAGUUUGGCACCAUUCCUCAAUGGAGCAUCAUUGAAGAUGGGCAAGUGGCUCUAAACAACUGUUCCAUAACCAUAUUGAUCAAGCUUCAUGGACUAAUGACUCUUAUGUUUCCUCUCUCAAACAGAUGCGAGAGCAAAGACAGUGGAUCUGUGAGCUUCAGCCCAGUUACUAAAAGUGACAGAGUGAAAUAUCCCAAUCACUUCAAAAGGCUGAGAAUACAGAUGCAGACUCUUCCUCUGAAAAAGGUAUACUUCCACUGUACUGUAAAAGUCGGCACCUGCCUUCAUCUGCCUGGUAAUGGUCUUCCAGAAGGACAAUGUUUACAAGGAAGGAAGCCUGGAACAUUUGACUAUACUUGUCAUACUUCAGAUCAGCGUUCUGAAAUCCAUGGUUAUACAGUGGCUGGACCAGUCUUGGUUAUUCACUCCUGAACAAAUUAAGUAGUCGGACACACAGAUAUACAAG